AUGAAGUCGACUUGGCUGCAAUGUCGCAAGGUUACCGGCGCAGGGGGACUCGGGGGACCAUUGCCUGGGUCCACUCCGGGAAGGGGAACCGGCCCGGCUCGCAGGGCUUACGUGGCCCCCAGCCCGCGGGGCAGUGUGGGGGGUCUGGGGUGCCGGGCGCUCUCUUCCGGCGGCGGCGGCGGAGAGUACAAGACCCACUUCGCGGCCUCGGUGACCGACCCAGAGAGGUUCUGGGGCAAAGCUGCUGAGCAGAUUAGCUGGUACAAGCCCUGGACCAAAACGCUAGAGAACAGACACCCGCCUUCCACCAGUUGGUUUGUGGAAGGAAUGCUUAACAUUUGUUACAAUGCCAUCGAUCGUCAUAUUGAAAAUGGUAAAGGGGACAAGAUUGCUAUCAUCUAUGACAGUCCAGUUACAAAUACUAAAGCAACUAUUACCUAUAAAGAAGUCUUAGAGCAGGUCUCUAAGUUGGCUGGUGUUUUGGUCAAAUAUGGCAUCGAGAAAGGUGACACUGUGGUCAUCUACAUGCCCAUGAUCCCACAGGCCAUGUACACCAUGCUGGCAUGUGCAAGGAUAGGAGCCAUCCACAGUCUCAUAUUUGGGGGAUUUGCAUCCAAAGAACUAAGUAGUCGCAUUGAUCAUGUAAAGCCCAAGAUGGUUGUAACAGCAUCAUUUGGCAUUGAACCUGGAAGGAGGGUAGAAUAUAUACCACUUCUAGAAGAAGCAGUGAGGAUAGGACAACACAAACCAGACAAAAUUCUCAUUUAUAAUCGUCCGAAUAUGGAAACGGUUCCUUUGGCUCCAGGUCGUGACCUUGACUGGGAUGAAGAGAUGGCAAAAGCACAGUCCCACGACUGUGUCCCUGUUCUUUCUGAUCACCCCCUGUAUAUUCUUUACACAUCUGGGACAACAGGGCUGCCUAAGGGUGUGGUUAGACCCACAGGGGGAUAUGCUGUAAUGCUAAACUGGACUAUGUCUUCUGUAUAUGGACUUAAACCUGGAGAGGUGUGGUGGGCUGCUUCUGAUUUAGGCUGGGUUGUUGGACAUUCCUAUAUCUGCUACGGACCUCUUCUACAUGGGAACACAACAGUUUUGUAUGAGGGGAAGCCUGUGGGGACACCAGAUGCUGGUGCUUAUUUCCGCGUGCUGGCAGAGCAUGGAGUGGCUGCCUUGUUUACAGCACCGACUGCAAUUAGAGCAAUCCGUCAACAGGACCCUGGGGCAGCCUUGGGGAAGCAGUACCCUCUGACAAGGUUCAAAACAUUAUUUGUGGCUGGAGAACGUUGUGAUGUGGAGACCCUUGAAUGGUCCAAACAGGUCUUCCGAGUUCCCGUCUUAGACCAUUGGUGGCAAACUGAGACUGGAUCCCCAAUUACAGCUUCAUGCAUUGGAUUAGGUAAUUCUAAAACACCUCCACCAGGGCAAGCAGGAAAACGUGUUCCUGGAUACAAUGUUAUGAUUUUGGAUGACAACAUGCAAAAAUUGAAGGCUCAGUGCUUAGGAAACAUUGUGGUGAAGUUGCCAUUACCCCCUGGGGCUUUUUCGGGACUCUGGAAGAAUCAAGAAGCAUUCAAGCAUCUAUACUUCAAAAAAUUUCCUGGAUAUUAUGACACCAUGGAUGCUGGUUACAUGGAUGAAGAAGGCUAUUUGUAUGUUAUGUCUCGAGUUGACGAUGUAAUAAAUGUUGCAGGUCACAGGAUUUCUGCAGGUGCCAUUGAAGAGUCAGUCCUUUCCCAUGGUACUGUGGCAGACUGUGCUGUUGUUGGCAAGGAGGAUCCUUUGAAAGGUCACGUCCCUUUAGCACUCUGCGUGUUGAGAAAAGAUAUAAAUGUAACAGAGGAACAAGUUUUGGAAGAAAUUGUGAAACACGUUAGAGAGAGCAUUGGACCUGUGGCUGCUUUUCGAAAUGCAGUGUUUGUCAAACAGUUACCCAAAACCCGAUCUGGCAAAAUCCCCCGGUCAGCUUUAUCUGCCCUCAUCAACGGAAAGCCAUAUAAGAUAACUCCUACAAUUGAGGACCCCAGCAUUUUCGGGCACAUAGAAGACGUGCUAAAGCAGGCAUCCUGA